AUUUAUGAAAUGAAUUGGUAGGAAGGAUAACCAGAAAACGAGAUCUGGAUCAUACAUCCCAUCUCAGUCGGAAAAAGAACUCCAAGAAGAAUGACGAUGCAGCGUGAGUUAACGACAACGAUCCUACUCUCGGCUCUCUUUUUCCUUCUGACGCCGGAGCUAAUCCCAGUCAGUGAAGCCGUGUGGCUCACCAUUCCAAAGACGGGAACAAAGUGUGUCUCUGAGGAAAUCCAGAGCAAAGUCGUCGUUUUGGCUGAUUACCUCGUCAUCUCCGACGAACAUUCCAUCUUCCCUACUGUCUCCCUUAAGGUUACAUCACCAUAUGGGAACGUUUUGCACCACAGUGACAACACAACGCAUGGUCAAUUUGCGUUUACAACCCAAGAAUCAGGAACCUACUUGGCUUGUUUCGAGGCCGUAGGAAACAGUCAUGGUAACAAAGACGUUAGCAUCAACCUUGACUGGAAAACUGGUAUCGCGGCCAAGGAUUGGGACUCCAUUGCUAGAAAAGAGAAGAUUGAGGGUGUGGAGCUGGAGCUUAGGAAACUCGAAGGUGCAGUUGAAGCUAUACAUGAAAACCUACUUUACCUCAAAACCAGAGAAGCUGAGAUGAGGAUUGUGAGUGAAAAAACAAACUCGCGAGUUGCAUGGUACAGUAUAAUGUCCCUAGGCAUUUGCAUUUUGGUCUCUGGUUCGCAGAUUUUGUAUUUGAAGCAAUACUUUGAAAGGAAGAAGCUUAUUUAGAUCACAUGAGGGGGAUGAUCCAUGGAUACUAAGAACCAAACACUUUUUUUAUUCUUCUUCUUAUAACACUGUUUUGAACUCCUAGUGUAAAACUUUUUGUUUCGCUCAUUUAAAUUUGUAAUCUGUCUCUCGAAUAGAUAAUUAUAUAACUAGACUCUAAUAAUCAGAAUCUGAACUACAUUUAUGAAAUGC